AUGGAGACAAGGCACUUCUCAGAAAGUCAUCUGUUUGGAGCUGAGAGAGGGCUUCGCUACGAACGGAGCAAAGGGCAUUCCCUUCCGAAAAGGAGUCAUGUGCCAGCUGGCAACAAUACCACUGCGAUCCUUUUCGUCAAGGAGAUGACACAUAUGCCACAGCAACAUUUGUUCAGGGGCUUGCUGGGCUUGAUGUUAAAGAGCAUCGCGGCUUGGAAGGCGGAGGCGCGAGUGCCACUGGAGAUCUUUCGCAAAGUGCUCUCCUUCCUCCGGAAGGAUGGAUGGAGUGGUUCUUUGAUGUACACCCAGCCUACGGGCGAGUGGAAGGCCAUUGACUUCAGCCCGGGCCACAGACGCAGGUUGAGAGCACUCAGAUGCCACAUGAAGAGCUGA